GUGGAAAUGGUGUACUCCUUGUUGAGCAUGCUGGGAACUCAUGAUAAAGACGAUAUGUCGAGGACACUGUUUGCCAUGUCACAGUCUCAGGACAGCUGUAUCGCCAUGCGGCAGUCAGGUUGCCUCCCCUUGUUGCUGCAGCUACUACAUGGCAGUGAGAAGGACUCUGGACUUCUAGGAAAGACCCGCGGCAGUAAAGGGGCCCGGGUGCGGGCAGCAGCAGCCCUGCGGAACAUUGUCAAGUGUAACCAUGACGAUAAGAGAGGGAGGAGAGAGGCAAGGACGCUAAGACUGCUGGAGCAGCUGCGGGCAUAUUGUGAUCAGCAGAGAGGGGAGAGCGAGGAUGAGGACGAGGAGACAGUUAUUAACAGUGAGUGGUUGUGUGUGUGUGUUUGUAUCAUAGUCAUUGGGGGAAAGGGGGGGGGGGACUACACGCAGACAGACCACCAGCCAGUUGCGGCUAUCUCAACCAUCAUGAGGCUGUCAUUUGACGAGGACUACAGGCAUGCCAUUUGUACACUGGGAGGGCUUCAGGCAAUCGCUGAUCUUUUGGAGGGUGGCAUGGGGCGUGAAGGAGCAGCUGCCUCCUUUCUCGCGUGUGUGUGGUGUGUGCCAUCUUGCAUGGCCCUGACAAACCUCACCUUUGGUGAUGGCAAGAACAAGGCAUUGCUGUGUUCCAUGUAUAGCGCCAUGGAGGCCCUCACCUAUCAGGUAGCGUCCAGCUGCGAGGAUCUGAUACAGCCGUCUGCAAGUGUCCUGAGGAACCUCAGCUGGCGGGCCGAUUUGGCCAGCAAGAGAGCUUUAAGAGAGAUCGGAGCAGUGUCGACUUUGAUGAAGGCGGCCAUGAGAGUCAAGAAGGAGACAACUCUGAAAAGCAUCCUGUCAGCAUUAUGGAAUCUUUCUUCCCACUGCUCAGAAAAUAAGGCAGAAAUCUGCGCAGUUGAAGGUUCCCUUCAGUUUUUGGUUAACCUUCUGACAUACAAAAGCAUCAGUAAGACACUCAGCAUUGUGGAGAACGGCGGCGGCAUUCUGCGGAAUGUCUCUAGCCACGUUGCUGUCAGGGAAGAAUAUAGACAGAUUCUGAGAAAUCAUGAUUGUCUUAAGAUCCUUCUGCACCAUCUGAAGUCCCCAAGUUUGACAGUUGUUGGUAAUGCUUGUGGGACGCUGUGGAACCUGUCAGCUAGGUGUGAAGAGGAUCAGAAUGCCUUACGAGAAAUGGGAGCUGUUAGCAUGCUAAGAAAUUUAGUUCACUCUCGGCACAAGAUGAUUUCCAGUGGUAGUUCAGCUGCUCUUCGGAAUCUGCUGUUGUCAAUCCCUGCUGGAAAGUCCCUGGGUAAUGAGAAAGCUGUAGGAUCAUCUCAUCUAAGUUUGCAUGUCCGGAAGCAGCUGGCCAUGGAGACGGAGUUAGAUUCUAACCUUUCGGAGACAUGUGAUAACAUUGAAAGUCCUAGAAGUUCUCCUACAGGCAUUGUCCAUCGGUCAGAGAGUGAGCCUAGGAGGUUUGUUUAUCACCUUAAUGGGGGUGGAGAUGGAAGUGGUGGAGGAGAUAAUGCUCUGAGGAAGGAGGAAGAUAGCAGGAAGCUGACACGUCGGCAGAUGAUGUCAAGGAGUGGGAAUGAGAGUGUGAGUAAUCCAGUGGUAACUUCUUGUAGUCAGGUUGUGAGGACAGGCAGUCAAGACAGUGUGGGCAGCACUCAUUCUGACAUCUCUCAUGACCGAAACAGAGCCCAUACCAUGCUAGCAAAAUCUUCUCUACUUCUCAAUAAACGCCAGGGCAGCAGUCUGGAAAGAAAGGAACAGCCACCCCCAGUACAUAAUGGCACUCCUCGGCCUAAUAUCCCCAACCCCCAAAGCAUAAUAACAGACCAUAAAACACAUAUGAAUUUUAGUUCGCUUGGUAACAGCAGUGGCUACACUUCAACUGGAAGCUGUGGCACAACAGUGGUUAACAACGUCCCUGCCCACGUGCGGCAGAUUCAUCCCCUGGGCAUCCACCAGCCGCAGUACCAGACUAUGCCCAACAGUCGCAUUGUCAAGUACAUGCAUGAAGUAGCCAUGUACGCGGGUGUUGAGCCGAACAGAAGCUUUGAUAGCCACCCAUCACUUGUCCAAUCAGCUCCGAGCCAUUCUCAGCCAUUUCAUCUUUCAGGUUUUUCCAGCAACCAACUCCAGCAACAGCAUUUAGCCAUGUCUUCAUCAUCAUCUGGCCUUAGCAACCUGAAUGGCAGCCUUUCUAUGGCUAAUUCUGCAGGCUGCAGCUCUGACUUUGAUAACCAUCACUCAGUCAACAGCAGCACUGUGGAAGAGGAUACAGAUCAGCCUGUAAACUACAGCCUAAAGUACCAGGAUGUCUGUAGUGGCGAUAGAGCUAAGAAGACCUCCUCUAGUGACCCUAUGCUCAUGCCUUAUAGCUACCUAGCUUCCAGUGUUGGUGGUUUGAACUUCAGAUCCGGGAUGGCACCAGAAAACUUGAGGCCUCAGACGGUGAAAGAUUGUAAUUAUUUGUUGAAUAAUUCAGUUUAUGAUAAACUAACGAGCAAUGUUUCUGGGGGAAGCGGCUUGCUUGGAUCAUCGAAUACAACUUCUCAUCGUCCAGUUCCGAACCUGGUUCAUAAUCGCUUUCACACCCCACAUGGCUAUCAGUCUGCUGUAGUGCCACAUCAUCACCACCAUCCUCCUCGGUUCAUGGCACCACAGACACCAUACAACAACACCUCAUUUCACCCUCGAGGCUCUGGGUAUUCUUCCAAGGGCAAGAUGUUUAACAGUGGUGCUAAUCAGGUCAGUACUGUGCAGGCAGCCCACCAAAGUCCUACUCACCCUCGCCCAGUUAAACAGUUUAACAGUGCUUACGCCGAAACUGACCUUGAUAUAGUUGUUGACCAACCAACGAAUUUCAGUCUUCGCUACAAUGAGGUCUUGGAAGACAACUGCAGUGAAGACUACCAAGAGCAACCGAUAAAUUACUCCGUACAUUUCCGUGAUGAUGGAGAGAGGGAAGGCCAGGAUAUGGGGGUUUAUCGAGACAAAAGACAUUGUGUUGAGUGCAAGUAUGUCGAGGCCAGGCGGACAAAUGACAUUAGUUCCAAUGAUGAUCAGGUUCGUACUUUUUGCACUGAAGGCACCCCAUAUCUUUCAACAGCUACUUCUCUCACAGACUUGACCCAGGCAGGGAAGAGCGAAAGAGAAGAGGAAGCAGUUUAUUCAAAGCAGAUGAAAUUGACGACUGAAAUGGACCGAACUGGAUCUAGGACAGACAUGAUGGCCGCUGCUAGCAGUUCCGGAAGUCACACAACGGACAGACAGACUGGCUCUACUGUCAUCGGUUCAGUUAGAGGACAAAAUCAAAUUGCAGUGACCUCCAAUGGAAAUUCCCAACUGACAGAUGACCACAUGGUCCAGCAAAACUUCCAUGCUGAUUCCAAUGAAGGUGCCUUAGACCAGACAAAAACAUACUGCGAGGAAGGUACACCCGUCUGCUUCUCUCGAGUAUCCUCCCUCAGCAGCCUGCACUGUACGGAGCCUAGAGAGGGAAGCGGGAACACAAAACACAGCAACAUCACUGACAAGGUUGAAUUGACCUGUAUUGAUGAAACUGAUGCCCCUGAGGCCCUGAUGAGGUCGGUCAUGGAAAAUAAGAGAGCUGCCUGUGCAAUGUCCAAGUCUGCCUCAAAUCUGCGACGCACAAACCCUGAGCAGGUUUUAAAGGGAGACCGUGAGUGCAAGACUGUCACCUUUGAUGAGAACCAACAGGUGGAAGAAACACCCCUGAUGUUCAGCAGAUGCAGCUCACCAGAAUCCCUCAGCAGCUUCGAUACACAAUCAGUUCACAGCUCUGUCGUGAGUGAGUACAGCAGGAGGGCCAGUGAGGUUGUUUCUCCUAGUGAGAUUCCCGACUCCCCCUCAGAGUCCAUGCCACCAAGCCCCAGGCAGACCCAUUCCCCGACCAGGCGCUUCAAAGAUUUUCCAACGACUCCUAAAUCCACAAAUGUUGUUGCCAAACAGUCCUUGAAUUUCGAGAAGACCCCAAUUACCGUCAAGACAGAAACAUUUGGAAAUUUCCCAGCUUAUGAUGAAGAGGACAAGCCUGUUAAUUUUGCAAUGAGAAAUGCAGAAAUACCUGUGGAGAAUGCAUUUUCCGAAUUUGAUGAUGAUCGACCUAUCGACUUUUCAUCGGUAGAAAGGGAGCAUGAAGAGUCUCAUGCAUUUGACAUGUUUCAGAAGAACAGCCUGCCAGCAAAUAUAAACCAGAGCGCACACCUGAUAAACAGAAUCAUGACACCACGCACCAAGAUCACCAGCAAAUUUGAAGAACAAAAUAUGGAAACUGAAUCUUCAUCGGGGAAAUCUGAAGUGCCUGUAGUUUAUGCCGAUGAAGGGACGCCGCCAAAUUUCUCAGAAACCACGAGUUUAAGUGGAAUCACAGUGGCUUCAUCAUCCACUAGAGGAGGCACGUCGAAAUAUGCAAAUAUUCAGCACCAGCCACAGGAGCCAGAUCUUCCGAAGGUAGAGGAGAAAGAGGCUGGUUCAGAACUUGUUAAUAGACAUGAAGCACCUGCAGUUUUCUCGGUGGGUAAAGAAAAUAAUGCUGCGAAAAGUAUGGGUCGGCAUGAAGACAGGGACUCUUCAAUGUCUGAUGUUUCUGAAGGAGAGGAGGACAUUCUUGCUCAGUGUAUCAGUUCAGGAAUGCCCACUCCAGUAUCUUCCGCUCGUAAAAUCAGACGUAGCUCAUCAGACAACACCACAAAGAAAAAGUCAGGAAUUCCAUUGAAAACAAGCCCAGAUGCACCUGUUAAGAAUCCAACAAAGAUGCCUUCAAUCUUGAAGUCUACACCCAAGAAGCCUACACCUUCAGGUAAAUCACUACCAAACCAGGCUAAAAAUGAUAACAGUUCUGUAGACAAUGAAGACCUUCUCCUGUCACAGAUGAUAGAGUCAGGAAUGCCCAAAGGCAGAGCUGGAAGGAAGUUGCCUGCUGAGCAUAAUGCAACUGUUAGUGAUAAAGGGAAACAGAAUGGCCGAGGUGCCAGCACCACAGUGACUGUUCCUAGAUCCUCUAAUAUUACCAUCGUGGCCCCCUUCCAUGACUUCGUUCCAACAGACUCUGUGAGGACUUAUGAUGUUGAAGGCACGCCAAGGAAUUUCUCCACAGCCACAUCUCUCAGCGAUCUGACUGUUGACUCUGAAGGUUCUAAAUGUGGUUUAGCUGGGCUUAUCACUCCUCCUAAAUCUGGCAAAGGCUAUGACAGUAACGUCAGAACCAAGCAGAGUUCCAGCAAACUACGCAUGCCAGCCAACAAGUCUUCGCCAAAGGGGCGGUCCGGCAAUAAGCAGUCAGCUCCUCAACAGAUGCCUCAGGACAACAAAAGAAUUUUUGGAGACUCUUCUACCAAUGAAGGACCAGAAUAUGUGACCUUCUCACCACCUUCUAAUGACACCUUGCAUACAUACAACCUGGAAGGAACCCCCACCAUAUUUUCCAGGAAUGAUUCUCUCAGUUCCCUUGGAGGAAAGGACAGCAGGGGCACUGGUAGUGGUAUCAGUGCCAGUCCACAUAAAGAUCAUAGAUUUGCUGAUGAAAGUGAUAACAGCUCCUGCUCACUUCCCAAGGAGAGGCAUGUCGUUGGGCAGUCAAGUGAAGACAGCAGUGUGGCUGGGGACAGAGCUGAAAGACCAAUCAAGUUCGGGGUUGAGGAUACCCCUGUGUGCUUCUCCAGAAACUCCUCUCUUAGCUCCCUGAACAGCAUUGACAAAAUAGAACCAGCAGAUACAAAACCCUUCAGCAGAGGUGUUUGUAAAGAUUCAGCAGAAGCUACAGCUAAUUGUGUUAACCCAGACAGAAAGCACCAUCAUGAGUCUUCUGGUUCCCUCAGUGAUGAAAUGGCAGAUUGUGAUCCUACCCCAUCAGAGCAAGCACUGCUGGAACAGUGUAUUAACUCAGCUAUGCCCAAGUCAAGAGUACCCAAAGGUGACGACAAGACUCGCAGGUACUCAAAAACUAAAAUCCUUAACCAGCAGGCAGCAGUUGUUGGAAAGUCUAACAUGGGUUCAGAGGUUGGGUUUAGCAAUACCAAUGGCUAUCACAGCAGCAGUGAGGUGGAUUCUGGUUUGCAAAGAUCUUUAUCUCAUCGCCAGAGUGGCCAGGACAAUUUAAUGACUCGUAGCUGCUCAGACACUACAGCCCUUGACCUUCACUUUCAAACGCCAUGUUCUUCGGCAAGGAAAUCAAGGUACAGCGAUUGGCAGAAGCAGCGGCACCGUUCGGAGGAGUCAGCAGAACAGAAUGUUAGUGAAGUGUGUUAUGAUGUGAGUGACUCAGUCAGUGAAGCUAUGCUACUUGAGGAGACUGAUGGACUUGUGCCUGGAAGUGGGAAGUUGAUGACGUUGAAAGCUCAGGCAAGCCAGAUGGGUGGCAGCACAGUUGAUGAAGAUCUGUUUAUUGAAAACGAGACUGCUUCAUUAGUUUCUAACGACAAUUUUUCUGACACAAACUCCGAGUUUUCCGUACCCUGGUCUGUAUCUUCCGACAAGAGUUCAGAACUUUCAGUAGGAGCAACUGGAGGUCAAAGAGAGACUUCACUUUCUAAUAAAGUAGGAUCUGCAAGAAUUGUGAAACCUACAACUGCCCAGCAAUCUGCUAAAGUUCCUGUAACAAAUGAAGAAGAAGCAAAAGUUAUAAGGGGGCACAGAAAACCUCUAUAUCAUCACAAAGCCAAUAAUGCAGGAGGUAUUAUCAAGGGGGGUCAACAGAUAUCCUUAUUGCCAGGAAAUAAGGGAUCAACACCAGUUGGAGUUGGCAAGAAUAAAACAGGUCUGCCAGCACAGGGUCUGAAGAAAACACCACCAAAACCCCAAAAUGGUGGCCGGGCCUCACCCAAAACUGCUUCUCAGGAUGGCAGCUCAAAAACCUCGCAGAAAGAUCCAGAAGUGAGGUCAAGAUCUGCUGGAACAUCCACACUGUCUGGAAAGGCAUCCUCAGGUGGUGAUGACAUUGAAUCUAAGGGUGCAGAACAGCGGAACCAGCCAGGCGUCACCAACAGGUGUGUCGGCAAGGUAGCAAGCAAGGCAGGAAAUAAAUCCAUUGCUGCAACAGGGGCUUGUAUGUCUUCUUCUCACUCAGGACCAUCUGUUGGGUCCAGCACAUCCCCAGGUCUGCCAAAUCUUGUAGGCACCACCAAAUCUCCAGCUCACUCCAGACUUCCUACUGCUAGCCCAGCCAGCAAGGGAAACUCUAGCGUCAACAGAUGCAACAGACAGGAAAGCAACACCAGCCGAUCCUCCAGCGGUGGUACUGUAAAUAGCACAUCCAGUGAGAAAAAGCCAGGGCAGAGUAUCUCAAAAGUUGCAGAUGAAGCAGUUGCAGCUUCCAGCAGAGGAUCCAGCAUUCCUACUAGGAGAUGCAAUGGUUCUUCAUCUUCAUUGAGUAGCAUAGACAACAGCAAAAACACCCAGCAAGGCAAUGCUGACUCUAACAAGCAUGUCUCACCUGCAUCUUCUGGCAAAAAACAGACCAGAAAGAUAGCAACUCUGAGAAGAGGGGAUGACAGUUUUGACAGGUCACCCUCUAGGGACAGCCCCUUGUCAUCUACUUCCUCCUCAUCUUCCAGACUUCCCAUCUCCUUGACAAAAGUUUCCCCGGCUAGUCCCAAACCUAGCAGUCUUCCACCAUCUGGCUUCAAGACUAAAGCGGCCACUCUUCCCAACACCAGUUCGGUCUCAUCCAGAUCAGUGGGUGAUAGAAUCUGCAAGAGCUCUACGUAUGAGAAAAUUGCCUCAGAUAUGGUCACUCAGGACGUUCCUUGCAGUAUGCAACCAACAAAUUCUAUACCAAAAAUUAUGCAGCUAAGUGCACAUCUGAAGCAGACUUGUGGCAGUGUAGAGUCCCCUGAGUCGGGCGUCAGACGAGGAGAAGUAUUUGAACUCUGCGAUGAUGAUGAUGAUGAUGAAGAAGAUAACUGUGACACUAAUAUUAGUGAAAGUAUGACUCACUCAGACUCAAUAACUGUGUCAAAUUCAUCACAAAAUCCGAAUGAAAAUUCACAGCACAACGUGUUUGAAGAUUUCUCUUCCACUUCUCAAGAUAAUUCACAGAUGGAUACUAGCAGUUACACGGAUACCAACACUUCCAGAAAAAAUAAGCCAAAACUACAGGCUUUUGAUCUGCAUUUGCCGGAUGCAGAUGAGACUUGUUGUUCCAUGUACUCCUUCAAUGAUUCCGUUGGAUCGCCGCAGAACGAAAACAGUUUAGUGGAGAACCACAAAGAUGUAAUUAGUGAUAAUACUUUAAGUGAGGUCAGUAUAUCUGAGAUUCUGCAAAAUGGUACUGACUGUUUAAAAAUUGAAGGAAAAAAUAAGCAUGGUGAGGAGAAAACUGGAGGAAAGGCAAAGUCGAUUGUUGCACAAGGGUUGAAAAGGUUGUUUUCUGGCAGGCACAAAGAGAAGGAGAAAGACCCAAAAUCCAAAAGUACAGAGAAAAAUAGCAUUAAGUCUAAAAGCCACGAAAAGGAAUCAAAAUCAAAACAUUCAAAAUCGGAAAUUAAAGACAAGAAAAAUGGAAAAGAUAAGAAGGACAAUGAAAUUUUGCAGUCUAACAUGAGAAUCGAACCUCAGCUUGCCGUACCUAAUGAUGAAAGGCUUCUUUUCAGCCAGGGUACAAGUACUACUCCGUCCGUAAAACAUAUGCCUCCCAAAAUUGAAAAUGCGUUGGCUGGGACAGUUUUAAAGGUGAAUGGUGGUAGCAAUCAUGUGGCGUUUGGUGUUGGGCCAGAUGAAUGUGGCGAGAUCUCAACAGAGGGCUGCAUAACACAGGCCUCCGAGAAACAUAUGACGAAGACAGAGAUGCUGCUAGCCAGGCGGCGCAAAACCACACCGUCUAGCACUCAUUCUGAAGACAGUCGGGGAGAAGGUGACACAUCUGCUUGUAUGGUGACAACAGUUUAG